AUGCCUUCACCUUCAAAUGUGAGAACGCCACCGGUUCAUGGUCGUGGGACCAGCCAAGGUGGAAUCAAGCCUCGAGUGGUCUCCUCAAGCCGCGCAUAUAAUGCUAGUGCUUCGCGACAUGAACGCGUUGCAUCCAAAGAAAAUGUCCCAUUGGGAAGUGACAUGGUCCCAGGACUUAAGACAUCAACUAGAGAAAGAGAUUCCAGGGCGCCGAGUGAGCUACGCACGGAGAGGUCGCAUACGACAACUCGGGAAAAGGUGCAAGUGAGAACAAAGCGUCCGACCAGAGAGACUGCGAGUUCAGCGAAUAGAGAUUGGGAUCGGUCGAGGACCAAAACGAAUGCAGGCAGCCCAGUGGCUAAAGCGAAGGAGAAGGAACUAAAUGAAGCCCCAUGGAUCCCGAAGGUAUCCCUCAUACCUCACUCGGCGGCGCCUCUAUCUUGCCGUGUCUCCGUUCCACCCCUUUCCUCAACAGUUCCUCAAAGACUACGUCCAAAACCAUUGAAGGAACUUAGUAUGGACGCCCAAGAAGCUGCAAUUUUGCAAGAUCUUCUUUUCGUCUUCAUGGGUUAUGAAGGUGAAUACAUUCAUUUCGCGAACACGUAUAAUCCCGAGCUGGAAUCAGAUCGUCUAGUUGGGCCUUCGUACCAAAUAAUGCCCGGGCUAGAUCCUAGCCUAAGGGAUCUGACUAUGGGGAUGCUAAAAAUGGCAACCCAUUACAGUGCUAUGGAGGCGUUCGUGGAAGUCCAGAGCAGGGCAGAAUUCGGUGCCGUGAAUCAUGCAUUAUGCGCAGCAAUCCGCAAACUACUCAAAGAUUAUCUUAUUCUUAUUGCCCAAUUGGAAAGCCAGCUCCUUAACAACCCGAACUUUACAUUGCAUGUGCUUCAUCUCCAUACGAUGCCCACCGCGCAAAGCCUAGCUCAGCUAUACUCCUUUGGCCAAGAACUACUAAAAAGAAAUUCCCUUCUGGCGCAAGAUCCAGACGAGUCAAUUGACGACUUUGAUGAUGUUGAGAAUAUCUUAGAGCAACUAAGAGAAGGUGGAGAUCUAGCGCCCGGAGGCAUGUCCAACAAGAAAUUUUGCAAGGGCGGCAAUGUCUUGGGACUCUUGACCCAGCGGCUGGCGACAUUUUCUGGAGACCCAGCAACCAAAGUAUUACUGCAAACUUUGUUGCGAGAAUCCAGUAGACCGUACAUGAGAAUGCUUAACGAGUGGCUGCACCAUGGUGAAAUCAAAGAUCCACAUGCGGAGUUCCUUGUAAAGGAGCAAAAGGGCAUCAAGCGGGAUAAGCUUGAGGAAGAUUACACUGAUGAAUACUGGGACAAACGCUAUACAAUCCGUGAAACUGAAGUUCCUCCACAGCUGGAGACUGUUAAGGAUAAGGUGUUGCUGGCCGGAAAGUACCUCAACGUUGUGAGGGAGUGUGGUGGUGUGGAUAUCAGCAAGGAGAUGAAAGACGUACCCCAGACCUUCGAUGAUCCUCGAUUCCUUGAUAAUGUAAACGGGGCCUAUACCCACGCAAAUGCAUCGUUGCUCAAUCUUCUCUUGACCAAGAACUCCCUCACUACUCGAUUCCGGUCCUUGAAGCAUUAUUUCUUCCUCGACCGCUCCGAUUUCUUCUCUUACUUCUUAGAACUGGGAGCUUCUGAACUCCGGAAACCCGCCAAAUCUGUCAACGAAGGGAAACUUCAAUCGCUCCUUGACAUCGUCUUGCGCCAGCCAGGGAGUAUUGCUGCUCAGGAUCCAUUUAAGGAAGAUGUUAAAGUCCGAAUGAAUCAAGUCGGCCUUACAAAAUGGCUAAUGCGUGUUGUGAGCGUAUCAGGUAUAGAUCAAGAUAAUCCUGAGACGAACCCCGAAAAGUACCAGACACCGGCUUCUCAGGCGGUAGAUGAUGAUAAAGAUAUUGCUGGAUUUGAUGCACUCGAGCUUGAUUAUCUUGUUCCCUUCCCUCUUUCCCUUGUUAUCAGCCGCAAAACAGUCCUCCGAUACCAGCUCAUUUUUCGACAUCUGCUAUCCCUUCGGUACCUUGAAUCUUUACUUGUUAACUGCUGGCAAGACCAUAUCAAGGUUGUCAGCUGGACGCAUAAAUCUUCGGAUAGAAGAGUGGAAUUAUGGAAGAGAAAAGCUUGGGCGUUGCGAGCCCGAAUGCUCGUAUUUGUGCAACAGUUAUUAUAUUUCUGCACGGCCGAAGUUAUAGAACCCAAUUGGCAGAUUCUUAUGGACCGAGUCAACGGUGAUGAUGCUGAAAGUACCGAGGUUAUGGUAAACGGAACAAAGCAAGUCAACAGGACUGUGGAUGAGCUAAUGCAAGAUCAUGUCGACUUUUUGGAUACUUGCUUAAAAGAAUGUAUGCUAACACAGGGAAAGCUGUUGAAAGUUCAUUCGAAAUUAAUGACUUGUUGCACAAUGUUUGCAUCGUGGACGGCUUCUUCGCUUGCACGUAGCCUUGCUGCGGCUGACCCAGAUCUGUCAGGGAACAAUGCAAAGCAGACCCCCGGGCUUGAGUCUUCAAGGUCGUAUGAUCCUGCUCGCUUAGCAAAGUUGGAAGAUACUUUGAAGCGGUAUGAGGACCAUUUUGGUAGACAUCUCAGAAUAUUAAUGGAUAGUUUAAAUUACUUUGCAGCCACCGAGAGCGUUGUUUUAUUGAAACUCGCGCAUGCCUUAAGUGCCAUUAUGAAAGAUGAGUGAGCUGCAAUUCUGAGAGAUCAUAUACCAAGAAGCAGCAAUCCAGUCUCGACCACCAAACAGGAUGAAGCGAGCCCCGUCUAUGACCUUGGGGUAUCUCUCUGGUACUGCUUUUCCCCCGGCUCUUACCUGGUGUCACAGCCAGGCGUAGGUAUCCCACCGCUGAAGGGCCGUGGUGGGUUCAUGAAGCUCAGCAGUUUUGUUGCCGCGGGUCUCUCCCAACCGCGGACACCUUACCCAACCGAGCCUGGGAGCCAGCAAGCAAUCCCGAACCAACCAUUCAUACAUACAUACAUACAUACAUGCAUGCAUGGGAUGAGUCCUUGGUAACUGUGGAUGUAUGUACUCUGAUAUUUGUUCCGCUAGAUGCUCGAUAAUAGUUAUGAAUAUGGAAUACACAAAGAGCAAACACCCCCUUGGUUUAGGAUAUCGACCGGUACGCCGCAUACAAACCCGACAGUCAUAUAAGUCUCACUAUUCUUCUUGAGUCCUGACUUUUUCCUUACUCUUGCGCUUUUUGGACUUCUUCUCUCCGUCCACUGCUUUAUCAGUGGCGUCUUCCUGGCGCUUCCGUUUCUUCUUUUUCUUUUCACCUGUGUCUUCUUUCGGUGGAAUAAAAUCCUUCUCUAUUUCUUUCAUUUUCUCUGCCCUCUUCUCCCUCUGUCGUUCCAUAAUCUCUUCCUUUCUCGCCCGCUCCUUAGCAU